CCGGCCCCGCCGCGCAGGGCUGGCUGCGGGCACAGCUGGGCUCCGCCGCCCGGCUCCGGCAGCCCCCCGGCGGCGACGGUUGCCCCCCCGCGGGGAGGGCGAGAUGCUGGGAUGCCUGCUUUCUUCCUUCUGCCACAGGAGAUCUGUUACCACCAGUGACUACAGCUGCAACUUGCUUGUCCAGGUACUGAAAGGUUCAGGCUGGAGGUUUUGCUGUGCUUGUCCCUAGCUGCUGCCCGGCACAGCCCUGAGGAGAAGUGAAGUGUCUGGAAGGUGGGUGCCGCCCUGAGGAGAAAUAUUGGGAAGGCAGGCACGGCCCUGAGAAGUGAAGUGUCGGGAAGGUGGGUGCUGCCCUGAGGAGAAGUAACUGUUCCUUGCCUGUGGGGCACCAAGGUGAGGCUCUUUGGGAGGGCCACCGUGCCUCCCUGUGCUGGCCGCCAUGGAGACCCUGUCCCAGGACUCUCUGCUGGAGUGCCAGAUUUGCUUCAACUACUACAGCCCCCGCCGGCGGCCCAAGCUGCUGGACUGCAAGCACACUUGCUGCUCGGUGUGCCUGCAGCAGAUGAGGACCAGCCAGAAGGACCUGCGGUGCCCCUGGUGCCGCGGGAUCACCAAGCUGCCGCCGGGGUACUCCGUGUCGCAGCUGCCCGAUGACCCCGAGGUGAUCGCCGUCAUCGCCAUCCCCCACACCUCGGAGCACACCCCGGUCUUCAUCAAACUCCCCAGCAAUGGGUGCUACAUGCUGCCCUUGCCCCUCUCCAAGGAGAGGGCGCUACUGCCGGGAGACAUCGGCUGCCGCCUCCUGCCCGGCAGCCAGCAGAAGUCCCUGGCGGUGGUGACGAUCCCGGCGGAGCAGCAGCCGCUGCAGGGCGGCCUCCCCGCCGAGGUGGGAGCGGAGGAGCCAGACCGGAGAGGCGUUGUGAAAAGCUCCACCUGGUCGGGGGUUUGCACUGUGAUCCUGGUGGCCUGUGUCCUGGUCUUUCUCCUGGGCAUCGUCCUCCACAACAUGUCGUGCAUUUCCAAGCGCUUCACGGUGAUCUCCUGCGGUUGAAGCGGGGAGGGGGGGCUGUGCUCCCCCGGGGGUUGGGUUGGGUCGGGUCGGGUCGGCGGCGGUGGUGGUGGUGAUGGUGAUGGGGUCAAGGGAGACAAUUCACUGCAGCUUUGCCCAAUGACUGCAGAACGCUGUGUACCGGGGCAGCGGUGCACCGGCCCGGCCACGGCCCCCGGUGUGGCGGCGUCAGGCCUCCUGGCAGCGUGCGGAGAAAAUCACGUCCCGUGUCUGGCGGCAGCGGCACCGAGGAGGACUGCAUGCGUCACCAUAAUCAUUUAUCAAAGGGACUGCAACUUAC